AUGGAACGGAUCUAUAAUACCCUUCGCGAGAAUAGGAAGCUUCCUAUGACAGACGAGCAGCUUUCAGACCUCGGAGUCGAUUUUCAUCAGUUUGAUAUCCGCACCGGUACAAUUUCUUCGCCAUCGGUUACAAGCUACUUCUUACCUCGGGUCGAUUUUCGAGAUGUUCUCGAUUCAGAUCUAGCAGCUUCACCCUUCCUAGAGAUGGCAAGCUUCUCUGAAGUGCCAGGUUCUCACUCCUACCCAUGGACUCUCGAGUCAUUCGAGAUGGUUAUGAUCCCCAUUGGCGGAUGGAAAGUAGACCGUGACACAUAUUCACUACUCUCAGGCACCCGGAGGUUUCUCGACUUUGAAUGUACAAAUACCGAGAAGCUGGAAUUUCCUCUGGAUUCACUGAGCUGCCAUAAGCACAAGGGCCACCAGCGCUCACUGGUCGGGUUCCGCAACCCAGAAAAAUGUGGUGAUAAACGGCCUUCCUCGAUGGAGCUCUUUGCGAUCGCCGCAUUAACCCACCGAGAAAUGACCCGGGUUGAUCAGGAAAGGUCGUAUAAGUAUCGGCCGGAUGAGAGUCGGUCUGAUAAGGAUCGGUCGGGCGAGUGCUACUUUACUUUCCCGCAUUUAGUAUUUCUGAUGGACCAAUCUGGCGGAUGCCGUAUGUUCCAAUCCUAUUUUGAUGGCAAGCUUCAUGUUCAAUUCUCGGAGCUCCUAGAUCUAGGACACAUGAUUGCCGUGCCUGCUUACGGGCAAAAAUACUUUGAUAUGGUUGACAGAAAAGACUUUCUGGAGAAGUUGAACCUGCUUCUAAAAUGGACAUGGCCUAUUAUACAAGGAAGCACGGUAGCAAAUGUUCCAAGGAUUUGCGGCAAUUGA